UUGAAAUACGUAAACAGAGAGGAGAUGGCCAAGGUCUCUAACAUCACUUGGAUAUCAAACAAUGGAGUCUAACAUGACUAUUGUGAGGCCAGCAUACUUCAUUAUCAGUGGCUUUUCAGGCAUCCCUCAUGUCAACUACUACUAUUUAUUUUUACUGGUGCUCUACAUCGUGUCAGUGGUGGAAAACGGGAUUGUGAUGGCCUUGAUCUGCUUAGACCAGAGUCUCAAGACUCCAAAGUAUAUUGCUGUGUUUAACUUGGUGUUUGUAGACGUGGUCGGCAGCUCCGCCCUGGUGCCCAAGGUUAUCGACACGUUCUGGUUCGACCACAGGUACAUCUCGUACAGCAACUGCUUAACCUAUGCGUUUUUUUAUUAUUUGAUCCUCACCAUGCAGUCUCUUAAUCUGGUUGUACUCUCCUUCGACAGGCUAGUGGCGAUCACCUUUCCAUUGCGUUAUCAGAUCAUUGUGAGUCUGAAGACCAUGUUCUCACUGGUAGCUGCUUGCUGGAUUAUUGCCAUCCUUAUCAACUUGAUAGAUGUAGGGCUUGUAACACCACUGUCCUUCUGCAGGUCUGUUGUUAUCAACAGCUAUUUCUGUGACCAUGGGCCGCUCUAUCGACUUGCCUGCAAUGACUAUCGGCCCAAUGAUAUCAUUUCCAUAGUGGUACCAUUUUUUAUUCUUUGGAUUCCAUUGCUCUUUAUCUUGAUAUCUUACUUGUGCAUUGGUGCAGCUUUGGCUAUAAUAGCUGGAGCGCAGGAUAGGAUGAAGGCUUUUAAAACAUGCAGUGCCCAUUUAAUGUUGGUGAUUAUUUAUUACUUACCUAUUCUGGUCACUUUUAGUGUUGCCGCUAAAAUGCCUCGCAAUGCAAGGAUAAUUAGUCUUUCUCUUGCAGCGGUCAUGCCUCCAGCUUUGAACCCACUGAUUUAUGUUCUACAGACUCAGGAAAUCAAAUUGUCUCUGAAAAAGGUGUUCAAAAGAAUGAGGCAAUCAAAAAUUGCAUUGAAGUAG